CCGUCCCUAGCGUUUCCAAUCACCAAUGUUCAAAUGACAUAUAUAAAGUGUAGUCUGUACUCUGUAGACAUUUAAAUAUAUUUCAAUUUUUCUAUACUAUACGGUAUACCUUGCAUUUGCAUUCAAAAUAAAUAUUAAUAACAAUUGUUAUUGCUUUGUAAUUUGUAUGGCUUUUAUUAGCUUGUGUUUGCACUAUAUGAAUAACCUAAUAAUAUAUAGUUAAAGGUUAAAUAUGGCAGAAGUAAAGUUCAAAAAAUUCCUUUUAAAUAGAGUUACUAUCUCAACAAGCGUAACUGAUUAUUUGGAAACCUGUUUAUCAACAGAUGAUGAUGUUUGUAAAUACAGUUUUCAUAAAAUUAUGCUACACAAUUGGACUGAUGAUGAGGUGAAUCUGUACGAAGCUUUAAGUGGUUUCUUUUCUGUUACAUUUAUCCCCGUUAACUUUGUAACACAGAAUGGAAUCACAACAUUUUACACUAGCAGUUUAAGUUUUGUAUUAAAAAUUAUAAAGGUGGACUUCCUAUUUCCAUAUGUGAGAAACAUGUGUAGUAUAGACAUACUUUUAAAUGACAAAUCAUCAAUGGAAUUGUUUGACUACCAAGUGUCUCUAGAAGAUAUAGUAAGAAAUAUUGUUAAUUCAAGAUUUGGGCUUAAUUUUGAGCUUAAUUUAUCUAACUUCUGUAAUGAUAAAGAGUUUGUGGAUAAGAAAAUUGAUUUUUAUAAACUUUCAUUGCUGUCACAAUUCAAGAUUCUUAUGCUAAGAAUAGGAAAGGAAACAAAAUAUUUAAAUUUGAGUCACAAUAAUUUAAGCCAGGUGCCCCUAGAAAUUCUUAACUUUUUCAUUAAAGGAGAUCUUGUUGGUGUUGAUUUAAGUUAUAACCAAAUCCCUUCGCUGGUAGAACUGCAAAGAGUUACCAGUAAAAUAGAAAAACUUUGGGUGGAAGGAAACCCCUUGUGUACGGAAUUAGAUGUAUCAAGCUAUAUUAGGAAGAUAUCUAUGAAAUUCCCUAGGUUAAUUGAAUUGGAUGGUAUCAGAAUUAACAAUCAUGGAAUAAUGAUGCCAUUCUUCAAAACAUUCAUCAGAACUACGAAACUGAAAACAAAUAUGGUGGUCGAAAAAUUUGUUUGUCUCUACUUCUCACACUAUGACUCUAAUUUGCGGUCAAAUCUUGCUAACUUUUAUGACGAAGGUGCUCUAUUCACAAUUAAUUGCCAUUUUCCAGGAUCAGAUAUAACCAACAGUAAAGGUACAUAUAUACAAGGGCGGGAAAAUAUCGUGUCUAUGCUCAGUUCGCUGCCUCCCACAGUCCACGAUCGAAGUACGUUUACCGUCGAUGUACUAAGCCAUAGUAGAAAUAAUCUGAAUCUGGUAAUGGAAGGAGUAUAUAAAGAGAAGCUUGCUGAUGUUGAAAGAAUUAUGUUUUUCCGAAGAACAUUUAUGAUUGACAUAUAUACCAAGGAUACGACAGCAACACAUUUUAUUAGUAGAGAAAUAUUUACUUAUACACUUGCAACUAAGGAGAUGGCUGACAACAGUUUUAAGACACCGGUAAGGAACGAAAAUCAGCUGACUCUAAUCGACCCGGAACCAGAGGAGCGUGAAGUUGUGUGUCGAGUGUUCACACAUUACACGCAAUUAAAGAGAGACGAGGUCGAGAGGCGCUUAAAACAACAUGAUUGGGAUAUACAAGCCGCUUUGAAACAGUUCUGUGACGAUUAUAGAUUAGCUAGUAUACCGCCAGACCAGUUUAGAGGAGAAGAUGACUUGUCCGACGUAUCGAUGGAUUCUGACGCAGAGUCAUAACGAUUUAAAAAUUUAUAGAUUUAAUUUAAAUGUGAUUUUAAAUGUUAUAUUAAAAUAAUUUGUCUUAAUUAUUAUUUUUAUCAAGAAAAUUAAAGUAUUUGGUUAGAUAUAUAAAGCCCUAGUAAUAAAAGCUAACAUCUAUAAACCUGUUUGGUAAAUAUUCAUCUAUUUACGCAUGCAAAGAUGCAAUAUUGAAUCUCCACAAACGCACCUUACGUAACUAGUUGAACGGGCGGAAGUAUUGAUGCCCAUAACGUUUUAUUGCACCGGAAAUUCGAAAUGAUUAAAUGUCGAGGAGCCGUAUGGCGAGGGCACGGUAAUAUUAUGUAUACAGUAUUGUAACUGGCCCGUGUCCUUGAAAUAAGUACCUACAGCAGCACAGUACGUUAGCAUGCGAUAGGGCUGUCCACCUACAGCGUUUUAUAUAUGAAAUAUUAAUAUGAUAACAUAAAAUACUUCGUGAAUUGAAUAGAA